CUUUCGACGGCGCAUGUGUGUACCUUCUUUCAAGUUCCCACCAUAAACGCAUAAGGAGUUAAGAAAUGGAGGAUAGGAGGUGUCAGGUGUUGUUUCCAUGUUCAUCAUCGGCUGAUCCUCGCUUGACAGAGUAUCAUGGGGUUGACAACUCGGCAGAGUGUGCAGAUCAGCCGACAUCAUCAUCGUUGUCACAGCAGAACAUGAACACAAACGAAGAAGAGAAACCCAAGAGUAAGAAGAAGAAGAAGAAAGAGAGAGAAGCGAGGUACGCCUUUCAGACAAGAAGCCAGGUUGAUAUUCUGGAUGAUGGAUACAGGUGGAGGAAGUACGGCCAGAAAGCUGUGAAGAACAAUCCAUUCCCCAGGAGCUAUUAUAAGUGCACAGAAGAAGGAUGCAGAGUGAAGAAGCAAGUGCAGAGGCUAGGGGGAGACGAAGGAGUGGUGGUGACCACAUACCAAGGUGUGCAUACACAUCCCGUUGAUAAACCCUCAGAUAAUUUCAACCACAUCUUGACCCAAAUGCACAUCUUCCCUCCCUUUUCUUGAGUUACUUAUUUUUGAUAUAAGGGGGAGGAAUGGGAAUGUCAUUUACUUACCAAAAAACGCUGGGCAAGAAUGUUGCUCAAGUGUUCAUCAGAACUUUACUUAAAAACAAGUAAAAAUAUCUAUCUAUAAAGCCUAAACACUAAUCCUUAUCUUUGGGUUCCUUAAUAGAAUGCAUCAUCUCCU